CGAUAUUACAUGUAUUCCUCGCGAGUUCUAGGGCACAUCGAGCUGAUUGCUCCCAGAGGGGACGGCGGGGGAUGUUGGGCUGGGGAGUGUCGGACGGGCGGGCGGGGUAAAGCGGCGAGCGAAAGUUGCGGCGAGCCCCACGUUACACCUCGCUGACAUGCCAAGAAUCUCAGUCGGUCAGUGGUAUAUACAAAGGGGGAGUGGAAGCGGGCAACGAUGACUCUUGCUCUUCGACUCUAUCUUCCUUCACCUCAGCUUUGCUAUUCACAUCAGAUUCACUCAUCCAUCUAUGGUCAACCUCUUGACGACUGAACCUGAUCCUGAACCUGAUAUACCGCCCCUCGCGGUCCACCAUCAGCAACUCAACAACAACGACAACAAAAAUCAAGAACAACCCCUUCACGGUAUCGCCACCAGGAGUGAUCCACCUACACAUACACCUACACCGCAUCAUCAUCAUUCUCAUGAUAACAAUGCACAGUCAGCUCCAAUCACCGCUGCUCAUGCUCCACUCGAUGAAGAGGGAGACACCAUCACUCCUGACCAAAUGGUCCCUGACCGGACCCACCUCAGUGGACAUACAAGACAACCCAGUAUCCUCUUGACUCGUCCCGAAGUGUCCGUACCAUCACACGAAGUUCACACUUCCAAGAGCAAUUCUCAAUCGGGUCGACCUCGCCUAUCCACACCACCUAUCGAUGGAACGACGUACCUCCGAGUCAAAGACUUCGCCUCGUCAGCGCCUACAAAAGCAUGGAACGCAGUGACCAGCACGGUCGGAGCUGUCGGUGCGACGGCAGUCAAAGGCGCCAAUAGGGUCACUCUCCCUUCUAUCGAUCCGAAGGCAAAAGUUCGCAUCAGGAAAGAGACGGGAGACAGUGUCGAGAAAGAUGUUCAGACGGGAUCAUCUGUCGAAGCUUCCCCUAUCCGACCUGAUCCCCCGGCGCCGAUCCCUCCACAGCGGGACGGAGGAAAACCUAAGAUCAUCGAGCCGACAUGGAAGGCAAGCUUCAUCAACACGCUCAAAGCGCAGCCAAUGAUCUUCCUGAUCCCGGUCCUUCUACCCAUCUCUUGGGCUCUCCACUUUACACACCAGAAUCCAGCGGCCAUCUUCACCGUCUCCCUCCUCGCCGUGGUGCCCCUCGCUGGUGGUCUGAGUUUUGCAACGGAAGAACUUGCCAGUCGAUUGGGUGACGCCUGGGGCGGGCUCUUGAAUGCCACUUUCGGCAACGCCGUCGAAUUGCUCAUUGCCAUUCUCGCCUUGGUCGAUGGUCAACUCGAUAUCGUUCAGGCGAGUAUGAUCGGUAGUAUUCUGAGUAACAUACUCCUCGUCCUAGGCAUGAGCUAUUUCGCCGGUGGACUCCGAUUCCACGAACAAAUGUAUGGCAUUGCAGGGGCCCAGAUGCACAUUUCCUUGCUUGGGAUUACGCUCGCCGCCAUCGUCAUGCCCGCAGCGUAUCACUUCGCCUUCCCUUCUACCGUCGAAACAGUCUCAAACAUUGCUCAAGGCUAUCGACCCCCUGAGGGAGAAGAGCUAGUCGCGUUGCUCGCCAUGUCGAGGGGUUUGAGUAUCAUCUUGUUGGCGGUUUACGGAAUGUUCCUGACCUUCCAGCUGUACACCCAUGCCUACCUCUUCAGAAUCCCUAGACACCCUCCUGUCCACCCUCUUCCUGGACCUCAGCCUCAUCACGAUUCAGUGUUCCCUGUCCCAUCCUGGGUGCCAUCCAUCGUCGAUUCGUCCACCUCGUCUGCCUCAUCCAUUGCAUCGCGGUCAAGUACAUCGCUCCACACGGAUGCUCACCAUGGCGGAGCGUUCAAGCGACUUCGACGAUGGUCCUUGGGUACCGCGAUGAAAAGCCCUGAUAGGCGUUCAAGGGGAACGACUGGCACAACUGGAACGCUACAUGGAGACGAAGAGGCCAUCCUGGAAGGAAUUCCUUUGCCAUCGCCCAUCCUCCAACCCCAUGAGCACAUGACAUCGGCCGCUACCGAGGACAUGGUUCGAACGACGUCUCGCGCUUCCCACGCCUCGCUUCGAUCGAGGGAUUCACCCCGGUCGUACCUUGGUCCAACGUCUGACCUUCUCGCGCAACAAGAUCAAGAACUGGCGAUCCGCCGACAAAUUGAGGAAGAAGAUCAAGAAGAGCACGUUAUUGAACCAAAAGUUCGCGUCUGGUUUGCGGCUGGCAUGUUGACCUUGAUGACUGCCCUUGCUGGAGUGACGGCUGAAUGGCUCGUGGAUUCGAUCGAUGGAUUGACGGCGACGGGCAAUGUCAGUAGAGAGUUCGUAGGAUUGAUCUUGCUCCCUGUCAUCGGUAACUCGGUGGAACACAUCACUGCCGUGACUGUAUCUGUCAAAGAUAAGCUCAACCUUUCCAUGUCUAUCGCUGUGGGGUCCUCAAUCCAAGUAUCCCUGUGUUUGCUUCCGAUCCUCGUCUUGAUCGGAUGGGCGAUAGGUCAACCUAUGAUGUUGUUCUUUGACGUCUUCGAGACUAUCAUCAUUGUGAUUGCGGUCCUUCUCGUCAACUUUGCCAUAUCAGAUGGCAGAACCAACUGGUUGGAGGGCGCCACGUUGAUCAUGGCGUAUAUCUCCAUCGCUCUCGUUGCAUGGUACUAUGAUCCUAUUCGGAUUGUCUAGCGCUUUGUCGCGAAAGCUCCUGAUGACUGUGUUCCUUUUGCCUGCCUGACUCAAUUGAUAUUAAGAAGCAUCUCUCGGAUAGACAAAAGACUUUCGUUCAACGUAUCUCUUACUUGUAUAUGCGCGCCGGAAUGGAAUGACCAUGAAGUCGUGAUUGCUAAAGCAGCGGUGCGCAUGCGCACGUGUGGCUGCUGGCGUCACACAUCACUGAGGUCUUGAGCCAUGCCUCGUUCGUAGGGUUUGCUGCUGCGUGGCACCAAUUAUGCCUUUAUCAUGGCCCUUCGCUCGGCGCGUGUUGAGAGGGUACGAAAGGGCUUCGAGAUACCAUCCCUGGCCUGCGACGAAGGAUGGAGUAUGGUCUUAGCAGAUAGGGGUGGUCCGAGGGAGGGAUAUAGACACAACCCCCUCCGACCCCCCCCCCCUCCCCCCUCUCUUGCUGGGACAAGUCGCUGAGAUGAUGCAAGGCCUGGUGUAGAAACG